AUGCCGGGUUACGGCGACUCGACCAGCCGCCGCGUCAAAUCUGACUAUGCCCUGGAGGCGCUUGUAGAGGGCAUGCGCGCCCUCCUCUCCGGGAACAGCCGUCCUGCGGCUAUAUGGGUUGCGCACGACUGGGGCGCCGGCGUCGCGUCCUCGCUCGCGGCACACCACCCGGAUAUGAUCCAGGCCCUGGUGCUCAUGGCUAUCCCCUACCGCUCGGCCGAGUUGGGUCUCGAACACCUCGUCUCGCUCGUCGACCGCUCCGUCUACCCGGAAGACGAGUGUCCGUUCGGCAAUUGGGACUACAUGGCGUACUACGAGGAGAGCUUCGAAAAGUGCAUGGCCGAGCAGUGGGACCCCAACGUUGAGACUCUUUGCAAGCUGUUGUACGCUCCCACGCCGCCCGGAACCACAAGUGCCGAUGCGUCCAAGCCGGUUUACACGGCCAACGUGCGCAAGAACGGCGGUCUGUUCGCGGGCGGGCCCGCCCCUCCGCCCGAAGCGUUGCCUACCCCCUUGCUCGCCGGAGAUGUCUUUGACACUUUUGUGCAGGCGAUGAAGAAGACGGAAUUCUAG